AUGUUUCGUUUGCAUUUUCUGCUUCUAUUUCGUUAUUUCCUCCUUUCUUAUUUUCUUUUUUUACUUCCACAUAUCUUUUUUAUUUUUCGUAUAUAUUUUCUUUCUUUCCUUCUUUAUUUUUCCUGUCUUUCUUUCUUUCCUCUACAUAUCUUUCAUCUUUCUAUUUUUAAAAUCAAUCCCACACUUACAUUUUCUUCUUUAUUUCUUUUUUCUUUCUUCUACAUAUCUUUCAUCGUUUUCGUUUUAAUAUCAGUCUUUCAUUUUCAUUUUCUUUUAUCUUUCUUUCUUGUUUACUUUCAUUCUUUCUUUAACUAUCAGUCUUUCAUUUUCAUUUUCUUUUAUCUUUCUUUCUUGUUUUCUUUCAUUCUUUCUUUCUUCCUUUCUUUCUUUCUUUCUUUCUUUUUUUCUUUCCUCUACAUAUCUUUCAUCUUUCUAUUUUUACUAACAAUGUCUCUUUCUUUCUUUUUUCCUUUCUUUCUUUCUUUCUUUCUUUCUUUCUUUCUUUCUUUCUUUCCUCUACAUAUCUUUCAUCUUUCUAAAAAAAAAAUCAAAACCUUACAUUUUUUUAUUUUUUUUUUUUUUUUUCUUCUAUUUUAUAUUUUUCAUCAUAAUUUUUCUUUCUUCCUUUCUUUUUUUUUUUCUUUCUUUCUUUCUUUCUUUUUUUUUCUACAUAUCUUUCAUCUUUCUAUUUUUACUAACAAUGUCUUUUUCUUUCUUUUUUCCUUUCUUUCUUUCUUUCUUUCUUUCCUCUACAUAUUUUUCAUCUUUCUAUUUUUAUUAUCAAUAUCUCAUUUGCAUUUUCUUCUUUCUUUCUUUCUUUCUUUCUUUCUUUUUUAUUUUUCACAUUUUUACAUCAUUUUCUUUUUUAAUAUCAUUCUUUCAUUUAAAUUUUUCUUUUUUAAUUUCUUGCUUUCAUUUUUUUUUUUUUUUUCUUUUUUCUUGAUUUCCUUCUGUAUAUCUUUCAUCUUUCUUUCAUUUUAUUAUCAAUGUCUCGUUUAA